AUGCCCACGCCUCAUGACGAAACACCCACGCUCGACAUCUCCGCAUCAAGUCCAACUCACGCGACUUGCCCACCCGACGACCGUAUAACCCACACACAACAAGACAACAAUGUCCUGCCCUCCCCUGAACCAAGUCGUAAUACCAUAGCCGAUCCUGUUGUCCAGAUGCCUACCCCUGUCGACGAAGGAGACGCAAUUCCGACCAUGUCCGAGCCACCUACGAAACCUAUGGACCUCGACGAAGAAUCUCUCACCAAAGAGGCGCGUCUGCCAACUCCUUCCAGCCCAGUAAAUGAUGAUACGAAAGAGACGGAUUCACGAGCCACACCUCUAACCGCGGUCCAUUCUUCUCCUACUCAUUCGAGUUACCCUCUUAGCAGAAAAAGGUUGAUACCUUGUGUGACAUCGUCUUUCUUUCAGUCGGGUAGCAAAUUUCGAGGAACACAACAAUCAGAUCGUCAAACCUAUGACGUUCAGGUCGAGAUCAAGCAUGUCGACAUGGAAGAGUCUUUUGUCUGUGGCUACUUGCGCAUUCAGGGGCUUACGGACGACCAUCCGACGUUAACCACGUAUUUCGAAGGUGAAAUCAUUGGCACCAAGCACUCUUUUCGCACCGCACAUCCAGAAUGGGGCUCUUCAGAAAAGGUCGACAUGCAACAUUGGGCGCGCUUCCCACCGUGGAAGCCUUUAGCUAAGCACGCCAAAUCGCCCAACUUUGCAUGUCACGAUUAUGCUCAGCGCGAACAUCUCUUCAUGAGAUGGAAAGAAUACUUUUUGGUGCCGGAUCACAAGGUCAAGUCAAUAACUGGAGCGAGCUUUGAAGGUUUCUACUAUAUCUGCUUCAAUCAGCGCAAUGGCUCGGUGUCAGGAAUUUACUUCCACUCGCGAAGCGAAAAGUAUCAACAGCUUGAGUUGGUGCAUGUAGCAGAUCGUGGCUGUGUCGGCGCUGUCGAAUUUCGAUAG